GACAUAAAUUAAGAAAACCCUGAAGAAGUUGACUAGAGAUUCUGUUGGUAGGCGCUCCAUUUGGUUGAUUUCGGAUUUAUCAGUUACAUCUCCUCUUCGUUUCUUCAAAGGAGCUUUGUACAGAAUGUUGUGGUUCUUUCAAGGAUUCUAUGUUUGCAUCUGAUAGUGCUUCCAAGACUUCCUGCUUAAUUCCACAACGAAUCCUAGUUGAAGCCAUGGCAUCCUUCAGCCCUUACUUCAGUACGGCCUGAAUAAAAUCUGUCGUGGUACUCUUGGUCUCUUGUUCUUAGCAUGGCCGGCAGUUGUCAUGCAUGCCCUCCUUCAAAAGCGUGGUCAAGUUCCUCUUUACGGGUAUGAUUGGCUCUUGUCAUUUGAAGGUGAUACUACUGACGGAUAUGGCUAAAAUCAAAGUUUUUGUUCCUCUUCAAAGCUUCCCAUCUUUGUUCUCUUACCAAAAAUUUGGUAUUAUUUCCCCGAAUUUUUUUUCCGCUUAUGCCGGAAAUUUAAUAGGUGUUCUAGGUCAUCUAGGACCUCCACAUCAAUUUUUUGUGCUAAUUAAAAUUAGGUUUUAUAAGUAGAAUGAUAGGAGUUUGUACAGGCGAUUAUUAUUCUGGGUCUCCUCCCCUUAUAUAUAGGAAGUACAUUAUUUAUGUGCCCAGUUUAAUUACAAUUGUAAGUUGUAACUGGAGCGGCUAACACAUUCAUUUGAGCCACAUAUAAAUAAUUUACCUUUUGCUCCAAUCUUACAUUUUACCCUUUUUUUGGUCAUUUUUCUCUACUUUUGAGUUUUGACUAGCCAUAAUCUGUAAAAUUUCAAAUUUUGUUUACUCCUUUGGCAAACAUUUUAUAUUCCAUAACGCUUUUGUGAUUGAAAUUUCAUGAUUAUAUGAUUAUAUCCAUCCAUUUUGGAGUUGGACUAUCCUUGUUUGAGUCGUAUUAUUGGCGCAUAAUUACGGGUAGAAGUUACUUGUGUUCGACUGUUCGAGGUAAGCAUUUUUUUAAUGUAACUUGAUGAUUAAGGUAACGUUUCGGAAUGAGUUUUUAAAAAUAGAAUUAUUAUCGAAACUUAAAUUAAAUUCACAAAAAAAUGAAUGUGCUUGCGAAGUGGGGAGCCAAGUCAACGUACUAGCAUAGCAACUCCAAAAAGCCUCAACUUGCCUACCUUCAACUGUCUAUUUGACACAAAAAAAGGAAACUUCGUAGCAAAACUUACAUUGAAAUCAAGAAACCAGCAUAUAUUGACUUCAACGACUUUACUACUUUCUCAGAAAAAAAUGACUCCUCCCAACUCUACUUCUCCUACUGCAGAGAGCAAUCUCCUGAAUGAUCAAGAAGCUUUAUCCUCCAUGGAAACCACCCCAUUAUCCCCGCAACCCGAAGAUAACGUCACCCCAGAAGAACUGAGCAACAUUGAAGACAUCCUAAGAGUACUGGAAAGUCAAAACAUGGACCCAAUUCACAGCAACAGAUUUUCUCUGGCAACCAGUGACAGCCACUCGAGUCGUGGAACCGCAGCAUCAGUUGCAGACGAUGAACAUUCUGUUUCAAUUGAAGAGCAUCUGUACAGAUUGUUAACCAAUGGGAAAAAAGAUGAGAUUUUAUCUUUUGGAGUUAAUCUUGAGGAGUUAAAGACUAAGGAGGAUAAAAACUCUGUCCUUCACAUUGCAGCUAGUGCAGGGCAAGCUGAGCUUAUUACUGAUAUUCUUCCUAAGUGUAAAGGUAUGAUCGAGUGGAAGAACAGCAAAGGUGAUCUUGCAUUUCAUUCUGCUGCGAAAGCAGCACAGUUUAAUGCACUCAAAGCUCUGAUUGAUUGGAUUGUAAAGGAGGGAAUUAGCAGGGAGAUGUUGGGGUGGGAAAAUAAUGAAGGGAAUACCGCGCUGCAUAUUGCUUUGGAAAAUAACCAGCAAGAUAUGGCUCGGGUUUUGGUGGGUGAGUUUAAUCAAGCUUGUUAUCAGUUGAAUAAGCAGAUGAUUUCUCCAUUGUAUUUAGCUAUCAAGUCGGGUUACUGGAUGCUUGUGAAGCACAUGAUCUCAUGCACAAUGCAGCAGAAGGCGGCUUCAGAGGAUGCUCUUCUUCGAGGAAAAUCUAUUGUUCAUGCUGCUAUUGAGGCCAAGAAUUUAGAAAUCCUGAAGGAGAUACUAAACCAUCAUAGACACCUGAUUGUAUCAAUGGAUGAUGAAGGUCGUACACCAUUAUCCUAUGCAGCAUACAAAGGUUACAUUGUAGGAGUUCAAUACUUGCUUAAGGAAUUCCCAGACUGUGCAUUCAAACGUGAUAAGGACGAAGAAGGCUCCUUCCCUAUUCAUAAGGCAGCAAGUGGUGGUAACAUAAAAGUAAUCAAAGAGCUGCAUAAUACAAAGAGAUUACUGAACAGGAAAGAGCAAAACAUUCUUCAUAUUGCAGCUGCAAGUGGAAAAUCCAAACUAGUAUCUUAUCUAUUGAAAUUGCAGGAGUUGGAAGGUCUUAUUAAUCUAAAAGAUGAAGAUGGAAAUACUCCUUUGCAUUUGGCUACAAAAGGGUUUCAUCCGAGGGUGGUGUAUAUUUUGACUCGAGAAAAUAGAUGCAAGUGUGAACUGCAGAACAAGGAUGGUUUGACAGCUCUUGAUUUGGCUGAGAUCCAUUCUGGCUCAUUCCCCACUUUUGAAGCGCGGUUGACAUGGAUGGCCUUGAGAUAUGUCGAUGCACCUCGAAGCUCACAGUCAACAAGGAAGAGAUUUGUGCAAAAGGACAUAACCAGAAAGCAAAAUCAGAGAGCAAAUGACAAGAAUGAGCUAGAAAGCUACAAGGACAGAGUCGACACUCACUUACUAGUAGCAACACUAGUAGCUACUGUAACCUUUGCAGCCGGGUUUACCCUCCCAGGAGGGUACAACCAGUCUGAUCCAGACAUAGGCAUGGCAGUCUUGGCACAUAGAUGGGCAUUCAAGGUGUUUGUAAUAUGCAACACAGCAGCAUUAUACAGCUCUAUCUUAAGUGUUGUGACUCUUAUUUGGGCACACAUGGGUGAUCUUAAGUUAGUCUUGGUUUCCCUCAGGUUUGCACUUCCCUUGCUAGGAUUUGCACUCGCUAUGAUGUCGUUGGCUUUCAUGAUGGGUAUAUUUGUUGUGUUAAAGACGGUAACUUGGCUUUCGUAUGUGGUUUUAGGGAUGGGAUCUGUGUUUUUGCUAGUUGUGCUUGUGUUCUUCAUCCCACUUUAUAAUCCGUCUUAUAUUAGGAAUUCUGUUGUUCGUUUUUUCUUUUCGGGUACCUUCCUGUUGUUGCUCCUGGUGUGUGAAAACAGCAGUAAUGAGUAUGCCUAAGAUAUUUUUGUAAAGCUUUUUGAGCAAUGUCAUAUAUUUGAAGUGAUCUUCAAGGAAUUCAAGUACUCAAUUUGAUUAAUUAUAACUCAUAUAGCACU